AUGUCUGCGCGAAACCCCACCGGCUUCGAUAUCAAAGAGUUCAAGGCUGCAGCACACCCGCGGUCUGUUUGGGCAAAGAAGGAUCCAUGGGCUCGACACGAGGCAUGGCGAUACACAGGUCCCUUCUCUCGUUGGAAUCGCUUCAAGGGACUAUUCCCCGGUCUUGGAACUGCGACUGUCCUUUUUGCUGGCUACUGCCUCUAUGAGCAAGUUUUCCUCUCGAACGAUCACGGACAUGGCCAUGAAGAGUCCCACCAUUAG